GAUGUUACAACCAUGCGGACGCGGUGAAACGUUUCGAAAAUAAUACGCUGAUUUGGCGUUUGAAAUGUGUCAUAACUUUGCAGAAACAUAACAUUCUAAGAGGAUAAUAAGCAUACAAAAUGGUUCGUCUAACGGCUGAGUUAAUAGAGCAGUCCGCACAGUACACCAAUCCUGUGAGAGAUCGCGAGUUGGACAUGAGAGGCUACAGAAUACCAGUCAUUGAAAAUCUGGGUGCGACAUUGGACCAGUUUGACACAAUAGACUUUUCUGACAACGACAUUAGAAAGCUGGAUGGAUUCCCGCUGCUCCGGCGACUGAAGUCUUUACUCUUCAACAACAACAGAAUAGUUCGUAUAGGCGAGAGACUGGAGGAGAGCCUGCCCUACAUGGAGACAUUGAUCCUCACAAACAAUGGUCUUCAAGAACUUGGGGAUCUGGAUAACCUGGGUUCUCUCAAGACACUGCAGCAUCUAAGCUUACUACGGAAUCCAGUGACAGCCAAGAAAUUGUACAGACUGUAUGUAAUUCACAAGUGUCCCCAGCUACGAGUACUAGACUUCCAAAGAAUUAAAUUGAAGGAGAGGGAAUUGGCAGCCAAGACAUUCAAAGGCAAGAAGGGACAACAACUGGUGUCCGACAUUGGUAAACGCAGCAAGACAUUUGUCCCUGGAGAGAAGUUGCCUGAGAAGAGAGCUGCUGCUGCAAGUUUACCCACAGGCCCGUCCAGGGAGGAGAUAGAGUCUAUCAAGAGAGCAAUUGCCAGUGCUAAAACACUGGAGGAAGUGGAGAGGCUGAACCAGAUGCUGAAAACUGGCCAAGUUCCCGGGAAAGAGUCUGUCCCAGUGAAGAAGAGUAGAGGGGAUGUGGAGAAGGAAGAAGAAAUGGAUACCUGACACCGACGCUCACCAUCAUGUUGAACUCUCAUCACUAUCAUCAUCAUUUUGUUAAACAUUGUUAAUAAUCAUGGUUGCAGAUUGGUAAUACUGUAUAGUGGGAUGAUUGGAUUUGGAUCACUUUGUCUUGCCCUGCAAAGGUGUACAGGACUUUCUAGAAAGCAUCUAAAUGGCAAGGGAGCUUACUCUUGCAUGACUAACUGAAGAAAGAAUACCUCAGCAUUAGUUUGUCUUAGUUUAGCAUGUUAAGUUUAUUUUUCUUUAGGACUUUCUGAUAAAAUGAAAUAUUCUUUUGAAAUUUUGAGGGAAUUUUGUAAGGUGGUAUUUCUUUGGAAAGUGAAGAAUAUUUUCUCUAUCUGAAUCAUUUGUUGAUAUAUAUAUUUCAGUAAAGCAGUUGAGCUACAGUAAUAUUUCAUGCAUGCAGUAUGAGAGUUCCUCUAAGAUGAUGUUCUCAUUCUUUUAACAGAUGAGUGACUGGGUCCACAGAAGGCACUGCAAACCAGAAAACCAUAUAUUUGUUAAUGAAAGAGGAUUUUUAAAGAAUAUUUUGUAAAGAUUUUAUUCCGUAGUAACUGUUGAUAUAUAUCUGAAAUUUUAUGUUUAAUUGUGAACCUCUUUCAGGGCAAAUAUACAUACAUACACAAGCUGAUAAGAACAGAUUGCUCUGUGUGCUAUGAGAACAGAUACACACUUGCAUCUUGUGUCCAAUAAGAACAGAUAUCACAAGAUCCCACUAGCUUACUGUGAUGAUUAGCAGAUCUACUAAUCCGCUUGUCAUAACAGAUUUGCUGGACAGCUUGGCCCUGUUUUCGUUAAGUGAUCUUAGCUCUAUGUUAUUGCUAUUCCCAUACUUAAACAUAGGCUUACAUCUUUCGUGCUAGUCACUUUUUGGAACUGGGUUUGUUAUUGAAAUUUCUGAAACUGAACUGGAAAUAACUGUUUCUUGUUUUUUUUCCAUCAAAACAAAGCUGUUUUGAUUCCAAAAUUUUCUCAAUGUUAAUUUAUUUAUCAUGCAACAUGAAUUCUUCCCUGCAAUGUUUGUGAGAGAAGCAAGAAGUGAAAGUAUUUACCUUUGGUAAUUGUGUAUCAGAUUAAUGAGCUGAGAAGAAUGACAUAUGUAAAUUCACUUUAAUGUUUGAUAAAUGUGUUCCAGAUGUCAUUUGCAUAUGCUGCACUGAGGAUCUUUAAUAAAAUGUUGAGAAGCCAAA